UUUGUGGCUGUAUUAUUGGCAGCACAGAGUAAAAGUUUAACACAGUGAUUAUAACAGAUGUGUGAGGAACCACAUGGACAGGUGAGGAACAUCCUGUUCACAUAACCUUGUAGAGCAGGUCAAAGUUCAUCAGCAAAUCAGCAGUGAAACAGCAAAUACACGGAGGGUGUUAAAAAUAAAAAAGCAGAGAUACGAAUAAAUUAAAGACUUUAGCAGAAAAAGAGGCAGCAAGUGAGCUGCUAGCCUGUAGCUCUGUAAAAAUAGAGGUUUCAAACAGUUUGAGUUGCUUUACCUUCUAAUCGAAUCUGCUAUGAACAGCAAAUCUAAAGCUAAACCACCAGAGGCUGAACUGAUAGCUAUCAGGACCACAGAGGAAAUGUGAGUUUGUAUGUCUCUAAAUAUGCAGACUUUGAGCCUUGAUAAAAAUUUAACCAGGUGAGCAAUAAACCUCCCAGAGAAACAAGAACUGAAUUUAAACAUGAAUAAAAAGUAGAGAAUCGAUAACAGAGCCCUGUGGAACACCAUCACCUUUAACAAGACAGUCUGUGAUGCAACGUUCCAGUUUUAGUUACUCACAGUGAUCUCUGAUGGGUCUAAAAUGUGUUAGAGCCUUAUUAUUAAUGUGGACUAAUGUUUUUGGCAUAAAUCCCCAGUAUUGUCAGCACUCUGCCUAAAAUUAAUAUACACACAGUAGGUUUAGUGCCCAUUAAACUAUGAUAAUGCUGGAGCCUCUGUUGGAUAUUAGAGGAACUGCAGUCUUUCUGCACAUUUCUGAAUAAUUACCGAUUUUUGUUAGCAUUAAUAAUCACACAUUUUUAGCUUUAAGCAAAGACUGCAACAUUUUGAAUAUGUGCACUUGCAGUCUUUGUGCUUAGCUAAGCUAAGCAGGUCUCAGUUCCUGUGGGGGAAUCUGGAGCCCUGUGCAGUGUUUGUGCAGUGUGUCUUUAAGCAGCUCUCACAGCAGAGGAGCUCAGUGUUUGUUCAGUCUGUCAAUGAGUAAACGUGCAGCAGGAACAAACCCUCAUAGCACCACUGAACCUGAACACACAGCUGUCUGUGCACAGGGAUCAUGGCAACCGGACCAGACGUCAUCGAGCUGUGGCUCCUGUCAUCAGGAGUGGUUAGCUUCUUCAUCAUCCUCCUCAUCCUCUCCAUCUUCCUCACGGGUCUCUGCAGCGACUGCGGCAGACAUUCAUUUGAGCUUCAGGAUCUGGAGGUGAACAGGACCCCGUCAACGCUCAUCAGCGUGGUGAAGCUGGAGGAAGUGAGAGAAAACCCAACGAUCAGCGAGAUCCAGAACGACGAGAAACAGUCACGUCCUGAAGAGGAAGUCUCAGUGCAGUUCACUCCCUGGAGGAGCCACCUGGGGGCGCCACAGAGCCAAGAUCAAAACGCUGACCACAUCUACCACACCGUCGGAGGACACGGCACCAACCCGGACAUAUCAUCACCACCAACGCCGGCCAAUCACAAGCCAGCCAGAGCAGAAGAUGCCGCUCUGGAGGAUUUUAGCAACUACGACAGGAAUUCAGUUUAUGCUCAAGUCAGCAAGAAGCUGAGCUCCAGUGCUUCACCUCCACCUGUCCAUACACCUGCGGAGAUACCGGUACAGGAGGAGGAGGAGGAGCCUUCACCUCCACUGCCCGAGCGGACGGCAGAGAUGGAGGGAUGAUGGAUGCAGAACGAGAGACGGUGUGAAGAGACAGAGAACGAAGGACGCCAGGUCCUCCCGCACGCGUCAUUAACACCAAAACCUGAAAACUACAUCUGCCAAUCAGAGUGCUGGAACCCUAACACUCAUGACAUCACAGCGUCAACAUCUCAGCUUCAGUGUCUUGAUGUGAGGUUGAAUUUUUAAUGCCAGUGAGGCUACAAAUGAAAAAGAGACACGUGUCACACGUGGAGAGACAUCAGCAACUCGCUGAAUCUGAACACAAGUUCAGAGAAAAAAACAUGGAGGACGAUUCAGGAACAGCAAAGAUGGAGGGAAGUUUCACUUCCAAAGGGGGGAAAAUAUUUUUCAGCUUUAUUGUAGUUCAGCAGAGUUUUCAAGCAUUUUUUAAAAUCAGAUUUGAGCCGAUGCAGAUUUUUCAGAAUCAGAAAUACUUUAUUAAUCCUGAAGGAAAUGUCCUGAUUUUUAUGUCCCAAUGGGCCUUAAAAUUAAACACAAUUUAGAUAACUGGCCAAAAAAGUGCCAGAGGCUGUUUCAAAGUAGAUGCUAAGUGGCGAGAGUUGUUUCUAGAAGGACCACUACAAAUAUAUAUUUAUGUAUUUAUAAUAUACAAACAGUGUGACGGCCUGCAAGCAAACUGCAAAGAAAGCAAAAACACGUCUACAUGAAAGGAAAGAUGAUGAAGGACGGAAACCUUAAAUAAAGUUAUAGAAAACUU